AUGGUUGAUGCAGGAUCUUCUGGUACACGUGGUUUCCUAUAUACGUGGAAUGACAUAGAUUUGAUCCCUGAAGUUUCACAAUGUUUCGAUGGAGAAAAACGUAUGAAAUAUAAAGCAAAAAUCAGACUCGCGAGCGCUGCUGAAGACCCCGAAGCUAUACAGAAUAUCUUUAAACCAAUGAUUGAUAUGUUCAUGAAAAAAUUAACUCCAGAAAUAGCCAAAGAAACGCCUAUUUACGUUUACGCUACAGCAGGUAUGCGAUUACUAUCUGUUGAUAACCAAGAAAAGGUAUUUUCGCAAGUUUAUGAUUAUUUCAAGAAGAAUUCAUUAUUUUUAGUCAAAAGAAACAAUUUCCGUGUUAUUUCUGGAGUUGAAGAAGGUGUUUAUGGCUGGCUUUCUGUCAAUAACCUCCUUGAAAAUUUCAAAUAUCAAAAGCCAUACGUAGGAUCCAUAGAUCUAGGAGGUGCAUCCUUCCAGAUUGCAUUACAAGUUAACGAAAGCGAGCAACUUGAUGAAUCUAUUCUUGUUAAAGUUGGUCAACAACGAAUUCGGAUCUUUUCUCACUCAUAUCUCGGAUAUGGCGUAGAUGUAUCUUCAAAAUCAAUAUCUAAAGCGAUAUCAGCUAUCACUGAUUCGAAUACAAUUAACAAUCCUUGUUUUCCAAGAAAUUAUACAACUAUAAUUAAAGGAAAAGAAGAUAUUACCGUACAUGGAACAGGUGAUUUCGACAAAUGCGCUCGACUUACGAAGAAAAUACUCAUUGAUGGCCCACAUUUCGAGACCGUAAACAUUCCAGGAAUUUCUGGCCAGAGUAAAUUCGUCGGUAUGGCAAAUUUGUACUUUGUUAACAAUUUCUUUGGUCUUCCUGAGUCAAGUUCAAUGGAAGAACUCAAGAAAGCUGGAACUUCUUUUUGUUCCAAACAAUGGUCGAAGAUUGAAGAAGAGUUGAAGGGCAAAGAAUCAUUGGAAUAUGCUCCAACAUACUGCUAUUGUGCAGCUUAUCAGUACACUUUGCUUCAAAAGGGAUUUAAUUUCAAAGAUGGAAACAAUGAAAUCAGGAAAUUAGAUGACAUCAAUGGAGUGGACUUGUCAUGGGCUAUAGGAGCUAUGUUGGCACAUGUUUCUGAUAUAGACAUCGUAGCUAAGACAGUAGUUCCAAUGAAAUUGGUAAUUUCUGUUAAUAUCGCAGUAUUCUGUGUAUUGGCAUUGAUCUAUAUUGUGAUUUCGAUGUGUUACAAAUCAAAUCCAUAUACAACAAUGCCUCCUGUCGAAGAAUUGCCACCAAUAGAAGAAAAUGAAGUUUAA